AUGCCCCCCAGAGAACCCGCUAAAGACUCAGGCAAACCUGACCUUUGGAAAGAAGCCUACGUGGCAUUCAAAGAGGACCCGAACAACAAAGACCUGAUCAACAAGUUCUAUGAUGAGAUCUGUGAUCAAAGUCCCGAUGGUAAUCGUAUCGCGCACCUUAGCAGCGACGAUGGAAGACAAACUCUUCUCCGGCUCAUCAAUCAGAAAGCCGACGACAUCCAAGCCAUGCGGAACCCAAAGGUCGACCAAUUUUGCGACGCCAUUUUGAAAACUCGCGAUCUUGUUGCUGUUGCCACCGCGGCUUCACCUCCUGCAACCAUCGCCGUAGCAGGCAUCUUCCUGGUCUUUUCCAUGCGUCAGAUGUACGCUGCUGAGUCAGAAGCAAUGUUCGACACGGCCUUUGAGGUCUCGAAGAUUGUGGCCCGCCGCGCCCUUGAAGACGAGCAGGUGUCUAGCAAAGCGGGGAUAAGAGAAGGGAAGAAACUCCAGGAUCUACGCAAGAGCUUGAGAGAGAGCUACGUCGACCUCUACAAGUCGAUCCUCUGCAUCAUUGUCAAACUCUUUGUCGUGCUGGAUUCGCGUUGGCGGAGACUAAAGACCUUGAUCGGCCUCUCGGACUGGCCGGCCGAACGCGCCAAAUUGAGCAAACUGGAGGGCGACAUCGAAAAGGACCUGGAUUCCAUACACCGUUUCCAUGCCGACGGCACACCCCAUCUUCCCGGUUGGGCGUUUCCGCACAGGAACGAGUUACAUCACGCUGUCAUAUGCCAGUUGCACAGUAAAGUGUUUGAAAUCAUCCAGGCUGGCAAAAUCGAUAUCAACGCACGGACGAGAAGGGAAUGGACGGCUCUCAUGCUUGCAGCGGAGCGCGAGGACGUCAACAUCGUGAAAACGCUACUUCGCGCCAAAGGAAUUGAUCUGAACACGACGAAUAAAAAGGGUAGGACGGCACUGCAUGCGGCCAGUCUGUGCAAUCGAGCCGAAGCCGUCAAGGAGCUGGUGUCCAAGGGAGCAAAGAUCGAUGUGAAGGAUGAGGAUGGUAGGACGGCGUUCUUGGACGCCGCCCGUCUAGGAUACCUAGAUGUCCUGAAGAUUUUAGUCCGGGGGAAGAGAGGGCAGGCGGGGGCGGACAUCAAUCAGACGACUGACAACAGCGAGUGGAGUGCGCUUCACUUUGCGGUGCGUAAAAAGCACGUUGACGUUGCAAAGUGGCUGCUGGAGCAGGGCAUUGACAACGGAAUUCGGGUGACAGGUGGAAAGGACAAGGGUCUCACGGCCAGGGAGAUUGCGGAGCGCUAUGGUACUACAGCACUUUUCGAGGGUACGGCACUUUAG